CUUGAAUUACUGAUUGAAGAUAAAAAGAUCAGAGUGACAACGAGCCAGGAAAAGGAGAGACCAUAGAGUUCUAGAGAGCAGCGACGAAAAAGAUCAUAUGGUAUAACUACGUAGUACGAAUAUAUACGAUAAGCACCAAGAAGAUCCAUCUUUCCCUAGAAUAAAGCAUCCAAGAAGCCCAAAAAUCCCACUCGCUCACUCAGACGAAAAUAGGGAUCACCAUUACAUUUUUUUAUUCCCAUAAGUAAAAAAGUCCAUAGUAUCCUCAUGCACUUGAUAUCCUGAAGAACAAUCAAAAGUCUAAUUACAUCAAUGAUUGAACAAUACAGGCGCAUUACAGCAGCUGGCAUCAUCUUUUGUUUUUAUGACAGUCAGUUUUGUUUCGUUGGGAAUUUCUUUGUUGAAAAAUUAUCUCUAAAGAUUGUCGGGGGUCAGUCUCCACCUCCAGCUUCUAUUAACUCGAUCGCUACAUGGAUGGAUUGCGUAGAAGUAAAACCUACAUUUUAAUUCUUUCCGCAUCCAUUCAUACCCCUUGUAGUUCAAAGGAUGGCUGUACUAGAUCACAUGGUCGUUGCUGAGACGAGCAGCAAAGCUCGAGUCCGCGGAAGGUGGGGAAAACGUGCGACUGAUGCUGCCGCGAAUCGAAAUACCGAGCCUGCUGCUGCUGCACCAAAUUCAGAAGGUGUCAAUACCACAAAUGGGAAUGGGACCAUCAAGAAGACAACAUUAUCUUCGCACUCACACGACCAGCAGGAACAGAAACCGAAUGUAGUACAAUCACAAGCACGACAGGGACAGCGACAUAAUUCAUCUUCAGGCCAAUCAGUAGGCGCAUUGUACGCCAAUGAGCUAUUCGCGUCGAAUUUCGCCCACGAACAGGAGCAGAUGUACACGGCGGCUAACCGACAGAGUUUAGCUAACCUCUGUGCCACAUCAACAGUUCAACUUCCCUCUAAAAGGAUUCAGCAGAUUGAGCAUGAGAAGUUCCUCCGCGACGCCUCAUUCUUGGACCAUAGCUGCAUUUACAUACCAAGUUUUCUUCAAACGCAAGCGGCGAACAGCAGUUGUAGUAGGAGUUCAACAUCUUCGAGUUGUGGAACAGCUAGCUCAAUGAUUGCCAAUGGUGCCACCACUAGUACCACCUGUUCUUCUAGCUCAACAUGGACGAAGACGAGUGGUGGUGGGACUUCCCUCUUCAACCUUCUGAUGCGUGAACUCGGACCUCUCUUUCAGGAUAGUCCCUUUCGCAGAUCUCGGCAUCCCGCAGUCGUUGACCCGAAGCUCUUAGAGGAGCACUCGCCAACCUACGUCUUCAUCCGAGAUGAACUCGUAAGAAAACGCUUCCCAUCUUUGAGGGUAGGGUAUAGCAUUGCGAAUUUGUACCGCUCCGGGAAAGAUUCGACUGAUAUGCACCGGGACCACUUUUCGAAGGCAGAAGAUAAAGAUAAAGUUGCUCUUUCUGUUGGAGAAGAAUCUUCUGUAUCUGUUGGGGAAGAAUCUAGAAAUACAGAUUCUACAAAUACAACCAAACGAAAAGAAGCAAGACCAGUUCCAAACAAGCAGCAGGACGAAGACCACAACGUAACUAUAGGCAUUUCCUUAGGCGCCACCCGAACUCUAGCCUUUAAACACUUGAAGACUGGUCGUAGCUUCUCCUUUCCCCAGAACGACGGCGAUCUAUUCGCUUUUACGACGCCAGUAAACAGUGCCUUUCAGCAUGCGAUACCACUAGAACCGCAUGUUGCGGGGCCACGGAUCAGUCUCAUCUUCUGGGGCCGUGUGGAAGAUGAGAAAUUGAUGUGAGAUGGCACAAAGAAUUUGCGGUAGGUUGUUCCAUGUGGAAGAUGAUGUUGAGAAAUUGAUAUGCGUAUGAGAUGAUGUUACAACAAGCCGCACAAUCACUUCCAACGAGAUGCCGAUGAUUCUUUACAAAUAUGAAUGGACAGCAACCCCAAAUCGUCGACCCUCAACCUUCGUCCCCAUUCCAACGAACUGGUAUUGUUGUAUAUCGAAAACCAAAUCACUUGUAAGCUUCAAUUAUCAUUUUGCGUCGUAAUGCGUGCUGCAAAACCUUGAUUUAUGUGCUCCGAUUCAGUAAUUUUCGAGAGCAGUGUUAUAUGAGCACGAUCACGAUGAU